AUGGUAAUGGAUCAAGAGGAGGAUAAUUUGGAUUUCAGUGCGCCGUUGCUUGGCUAUGGAUGGUGGAGCUGUAUGGUGUUGCUUGCAGCAGAGGAAGAGACGGAAAUUGCUUGUCCGUAUAACCCAGCAAAGAGAAAUGGGAUAGAUGCUAACCUUAAAGGGCAAUUAGCAGAUGGUGGGGUGCAGAAGGGCAGUUGGCCUUCGGCCACUAAAACAACAAACUCUCUUUUACCGAACCUCUACGCAACCCUCGACAAACUUUCCCCUCCCACAGUCCAGCUCCCAUCUUUUCAGCCUCUUUCCUGCCUGUUCUUAGCAUCCAGAGAAAUGGACUUCGUUCUCCUUCUGGCCAAUGCCAGGUCAGCGCCAGCAGCUCCUCUACGAGGCCUUGCCAUGCUCCCUAUCACAUGUAGAUGUCGUGGUUCACGCACGGCCUCGGAUUUCCAGUGGAUUCACGCAGUCUUACAGGGUCUUGAGGAUGGCGACGAUAACCAAGGUCAAGAAUACCAACGUACCAGAGUUUUGACGGCACCAGCCUACUUACUACUCCUCGGUCUGAUACUUCAGCGUAUGCAGCUCGGGUUGAGCUUGCUUGACAUCUGCAGCCGUCUCAGAGCUCUUCAUGCGAAAUUAAACACGGAGGAAUUCACGAAGCACGUGGGCGGCGAUCUAGGAAACGGCCUACUCCAGUUGCGAUAUCGCACUGCGCUCAAGUUCCUCGCCCCAGAUGUCGACAACGAUUCACCCCACCACAACUACGUUAACUACAUGUCCAUCACGAUUACUGCCAAGCCCCUUCCGCCGAAUAUCUGUCUGCUAUCCGAGGUACUAGCAACCUCCGAAGUUCCUAUUCGAAAUCAAUUGGACACGCGACAUAGCGAUUAUCAGACAUCAGGGUUCUUGAGGAUGGCGAGGCUGCUGAGAUCGGAACUGGUAGCAACGACGUUAAAGGGCCCAGAGAUGCAUACAUCCCGGUGGUAUUAUUGUAGAUUCGUUUGUUCCUGGAAGUUGGAAAGGGAUCACGGUUUACAACAAUAUGAUGAUACUUUAAUCUGUCGUCUAGAGAUUGGGAAAGCCUUCACGAAGUUCAAAAGAGAGGUUGGCUUGCACUUGUGGUGUGGUUGUUUAUGCCCAUUUAUCGAACGACUAAAGCCACAGAUUUGCGGUAACAUGCAGCUCAUACGCUAUUCAAAUGUGCUGGAAACAUCCCUCAGAGCUAAGAGCAGUUGUCAGUGGCAUUCAUGUCAACCUUAA